AUGAGCUCUGCCGGUGAAGGCAACCGUGGCGGCGGCGGACGUGGUGGAGGAAGGUACUAUGGCGGUCGCAGCGGCGGAAGGAACCGUGGAGGCGGCGGCGGCGGAGGUGGUGGCAGAAGAUAUCACGGAGACGCAGGAGGUGGUGGCUGGAGGUACCAGGGAUCCAUAGGGCAAUCGCCUAGGCCUGUGUAUCGAUAUGUCGCUCGUCACAGCCCUGUUGUAGCUCAUCAGGAUCACGCGUCACAAGAAAGUGGGUCUUCUGAAAGCUAUAGAAAUAAUUCUCAUAUAUCACCGGUUGAUGAUUUAACAAAUAAAUUGAGUGAGUUUUCUACAAAUGGUCAGUCGUACGGGCCUAGUCUCAUAACCAUUCAAUUUGGAAGCAUGUCCCCAGCUAAUAGAAGCCUGAAUGAUUCACUAGCAGAAAUCGAGAGGCCAGAACCUUUAGUACCAUCUACAGUUGAUCCAGUGUCAUUACCGACCCACUCAGAGUUUGAUGCAAGGACUGGUCAGAUGUUUUGGUCCAGAGAUCAGGGUGAAGAAGAACAGAGAGAAUCAUCAUGUUUCACCCCCAACCUCCUUGGUGGUGUGACAGAUAGCAAAAUGGGACCUUCUUUGGCUGUGAACUCUGGUUUUCAAGAUAUUCACAUGGAAACUUCUGGGAAAGUUGAACUUGAGAAGUCCGAUUCUCAAAAAAAUGGUUUUCCUUUUGAUAUAUGUUUGGAGAGAAAUAGGAAUAUUCCAAAGUUGAAAUGCUCUCUAUUUGAUAAAAACCGAGUCACGAGGAGUGAAUUGAAGCGUCGUGCGCAAGGCGAUUAUGUAAAGACUUUGAGGCCUGGGAUGAUUAUUCUAAAGGGUUAUCUAUUGUUAGAGGAUCAGGUCAAACUGAUAAAGACAUGCCGAGAACUUGGUCGCGGUCGAGGAGGUUUUUACCAACCUGGUUUCUGUGGUGGAGCAAUAUUAAAAUUGAAAAUGAUGUGUCUUGGUAAAAACUGGGAUCCCGAGACAAACAUGUACGGUGAUAGGAGGCCAGUUGAUGACUCCAAACCUCCCCCUAUCCCGGACGAUUUAUUGAAAUUGGUUCAAGGGGCUCUUCAAGAAUGCCAUAGUCAUUUGGAGUCACAACCCAAAGUAAGGAAGGAGCGGAAUAUUAUUCCUUCAAUGUCCCCAAAUAUCUGCAUCGUCAACUUCUACACCAAGUCAGGAAAACUCGGGCUUCAUCAGGAUAAAGAUGAAAGUGAAGAAAGUCUACGCAAAGGACUUCCAGUGGUGUCUUUCUCUCUAGGGGACUCAGCUGAAUUUCUGUAUGGUGACCAGAGGGACAUUGAUCAGGCUGAAAAAGUAUUACUGGAGUCAGGGGACGUGUUGAUUUUCGGUGGUAAAUCUAGGUUGAUAUUUCAUGGGGUCAGUCAGAUUGUUCCUGAUAGUGCACCUAAGGCUCUUUUGGAUGAAACGGAUCUUAGACCUGGCCGUCUAAAUCUCACUUUCAGAGAGUACUGA